AUGACUACCCCAUUCCGUUUAUUCUCUCUUCCAUAUGUUCCUCUUAAACGAAUCUUAGACAAUUUCGGAUCAGAUGGAAUCAUUAUCCUCUCUUUGUGGUCUCAAAGAUCAAAAAGCGUUGCGGUUUCAUAUAGGGGACCUUCCAAAAAUGUUCGGCUGACACUAGACUUUGGACUAGGGGAUAGUCUGGAAAGCUCGGAUGAAUCCAACACAAAUACACUGUUGAGAGUGGAAGAUACAGGAAAGAUUCCGAUGGAUGAGAUAUUGGAAACUGUCAGAAUUGGCAGUUUUGAGAAAGUUCCAGUGAAAAUAGAACAAGGAAUUAUGGGGAGAGAACACCUAAUCACAUAUUUGGAGGAUCGGAUGACUGGACUGACGGCGAUUGGGGAUUACGGUAGAGAGAUUUUCAAUCAGGAUAUUCCUGAAGUGUGGAUUGGAGAGAAACAAGAUGAUAAUGAUCAUAGACGGGCUGCCGAUUGGAUAACAAAAUCACAAAAUACCAUACAAAGCCUGUAUUGUGACUUCGAACCAAAAAUCGAUAAUGAUCUCGAUUUUAUUCUUGCAAACUUCAACUACACUGUAAAAAUGUCACUUAGUGUGAAUCCACCUCCCAACUAUUGCCCUGCAAAGCCUCCAAAAUUCAGCGUUGAUUUUUUAAAUGUUAUAUUCAGUUGCUGGAUUAAACAGCACCAUUUAUUGACAAUGGACUGCAAGUAUAUAAUGCUGGAAAACUCAAAAUUGAGCAGCCGAGAUUUGAAUGUGUUCUUAAAGCAUUGGAUGACAGGAGGAUGUUCUAAACUGAAAGAUUUUACUGCUGUUAUCGAGAAAGCAGUUGAUUAUGAAGUUGUAUUAGACGGUGUGGAUUUUGUGGAAAGAGGAAGAGAUGUGGAAAGGAUUUAUGUCGAUGAAACAAACACCCAUCAUACUAUGCGAGGCGGUUUCGAUUUCAAACGACCAAGUGAUAAUGCCAAAGUGACUAUCAUAAAUGGCGGUGAGAAUUGGAAUUUCUUUUGGAUGAUUGUCUGGCCAGAUAUCGCUGGGAAUUCCUACGAAGAUUGA